GUGUUGUGACAGGAUUCAGUUGUGUGUAUGCCAUUUAAAGACCGAGGGUGUAGAAAAUUGCUAGUAUUUACAAUUUCUCUUGAGGAGUAAUAAGCAAGAUGCAAACCUUUUCUACAAAAUCUAAAGUUCGUCGUUGCCUGUUUGGUCCACCCGACCACGAAAGUAUCCGUAAAGAUUUGGAUAAAGCUUUAGAGGACAAUAGAAGUGAAUUACGUGAGAAAUGGAAUUAUGACUUUGACCAAGAUGUUCCUUUAGAAGGGAAAUACCAGUGGGAAGUUUGUGAAGAAAAGGAAUAUAUUCCGUCUUUUUAUACCAGAGACUAUCCAGUGAAAUUGAAAAGGAAAAUUAGUGACAUAAUUACUGUGAAACAGACAACUGGAAGUUUACAAUCUGUGUUGUCUUUAGAUUCUUGUGAGGACAUUAGUACAUGUGAAAAAUCUUCGAACUCGGAGGAGAAUUGUUCUAGUCAGAAAAAUGUUAAUGUGUGCAAUAAACCUGAGAAGAAAGUCGUACAAACACAGAUUUCUGCUUUUAUGCCAAAAAGAAAGAGAAGCAGAUCAGAUGUAUCUUUAUCAACAAUAAGAACCAAAUCUCCUAGAAUCUAACCCACAUCAAUUAUUAACAAUAGUGCUAUUGUGUUCAGCAAAACCCAGACAAAGAAUUAUGGAAGAUGUUACCAUAGUUACCAGACAGAUUAUUGGAGAUUCAGAACUUGCCAAAACAAUGACCAACUAUUUAUUGAAGGAUCUUGCCAGAAUUCAGAAUUAAAUUCACUGUCUGUGUUUUACUGAGGGAAAAAAAAUGUGCAAUGUAUAAAACUGUGACUUAGGAUGAUCUCAUUAUUUAUAUAAAUUAUAGAAAACUUAUCAAUGGUUUGUGACAGAAAAUAUUUAUUGGUAUAAAUCUGGUAGAAUAUACCAGAACUUAUUUAUCAGAAAAUGUAGAUAUUCUUUAAUAUAUUUUGUAGUUUUGUUUUUUUGUGUUGCAGUAUAAGUUUAUGCCUUUUAAUUUUUUUAAAAGAGAAGUUUGAAACAUCUUAAAAGUGAAAAAGAUUUUUUUUUAUUUGAUAAUUGUUUUGUUUGUUUGUAAAAUGCUUUUAUUUUGCUUUCUGACAUAAAAUGUGAACUUAAAAAGUGCACAUGCAAUACUUUCUUAAUCCAGGGUCAAAAUCUAGAACAAUGAUCUCGAAAUGGAACACUAAACUGGAGUUAACCUUAAUGUAGUAAAAAUCAAAAGUUAAACAUUAGGUUUUUGGGAAAUGUAUGGAUUUUAGGAUAAAUGUGGUAGAUAGAAGUUUAGGGGGACAACAUAAUAGAAGUUUAGGGGAAUGAGAUAAUAGAAAUUGAGGGGGGGGUGAGAUAAUAGAAAUUCAGGGGGGUGAGAGAAUAGAAGUUUAGGGGGGGUGAGAUAAUAGAAAUUUAGGGGGGUGAGAUAAUAGAAGUUUACGGGGAUAAUAGGGCAGUUACACCAUUAUAGUGUUCCAACAUUUUGUGUAAUAAACAUCUAAUGUUUCAUUCAGCAUUUAUUUUAUGUAAUUUACAAUCUGUUGAUUUUAAAUUUUACUUUAUGUAUCACUUCGUCAUGUUUGUAGUACAUUAUAACUCCCAAAUCAUAUUUAACAUUAGUUUUAACACACAAGUCAUUUCAAUGAGAUUUAAUCAUUACAAGUCAUAAUGUUACUUUUUUCGGGAAGGGGGGGAUAGUUCAGUGUGUAAUGCAGACAACUGGUUAUAUUGAGAAAUGAAGGGAAUGGGGAGAAUUAUUUAAUUAACAGAUUGUAUAUUAUGUGAACAUCACAAUUGUUUUGUUGAUGUCUCUAAGACAUCUCGUUGUUAAUUUAUUGUUGUAAAAUGAUGAAAAAAGAAAAUUAAAAAUAGUUCAAAAGUGAAAA